CUGCCCCGCACCUGCGCAGUAGAGCAGCACCGACAGCCACUAUGGCGGCCCCUGAGUGGCCGGAGGUUGGGCUGGCGCUGGCCGAGGGUCGGCGGGAGCUGGUGGUGCGGAGUCACCGUCAAGAGGGAGACGAGAUGGACCCGCGGCUAUACGAGCUGGCGCAGCUUCAGCACCUGGAGUUGAGCGGCCUGCAGGCGCUACGGGGCCUGGAUGCCAGGCUGGGCGGUCUGCGGGCCCUGCGAAGCCUGGUGCUGAGCGGCGACGGUCUACGGGAGCUGCCGCCCGAGCUCGGCCUCCUGGGCGGCUUGAAGCUGCUCGACGUCUCCGACAACCAGCUGAGCGCGCUGCCCGCCUCCCUGGGCGACCUGGCCGAGCUCGGCAGCCUGCUGGCCCGCGGCAACCAGCUGACCGGCCUGCCUCCCCAGCUCGGACGCUGCGGCCAUCUCGCCCACCUCGACGUCUCGGACAACCUGCUGGCCGAACUGCCGGCCGCGCUGUUGGAGCCCGGCCUCCUCCCGCUCCUCGGCUGCCUCAGCGCUGCCCGCAACCGCAUCGACAGGCUGGACGCCGCUGUCAGCCAGCUACGGGGGCUGCGGACACUGGAUCUAUCGGAUAACAACCUCUCGGAGAUCCCCUGUGAGCUGGCUGACUGUCCCAAGCUGAAAGAAAUCAACUUCAAGGGAAACCAAUUAAAAGACAAACGAUUGGAGAAAAUGGUGAAUGGUUGCCUGACCAAAUCAAUCUUGGACUAUUUGAAGGCAGGAGGCCGUAGAAAGGGGAGAGGGAAAGCUGAUAGCAGUGAGAAAGAGAAAGCGAGGAAGAAGAAAGUGGUGAGGAGAGAUGAUGCCGAGGAGUCCGAUGAGAUGGAGGAGCUGAACAACCUGGUGUUACGAGUGCUGCAUGUUUCGGAAAGGCCUUGCACCGUGUCAGUGAAAGUCAGUCCCAGUGUCAAGGACGUGAGGCCUUACAUUGUGUGUUGCAUUGUGGAAGGCAUGCAGUUGAGACAAGGAAAUGCAUUGAAACGAUUCCUUGUGGCUCAGACCAAAUUGCAUGAUGAUGUCUGUCUUAAAAGAACAUUGGCAACUAUCGCUACUCAUGACUUGCAGCGGGUGAAGGGACCGCUUUUAUACGAUGCUAGACCCUCACAAUCUCUGAAGAUCACCCCACUCGGAAGGAAGGAGGUUAAGGCGGUGGACCUGGUACGACAAUUACAGAUGGAAGCUGACGAGCAACGAAAGCAGAAGAAGCGGCAAAAUGUUUCUGGCCUUCACAAAUACCUGCAGUUAUUAAACGGGAAAGAGAAUUUUCCCUGCUUAGUCGAUGUGGAAGAUCAUGUGAUUUCUUUCCCACCGAUCACCAACAGUGAUCACACUAAGAUUAGUAAAUCUACAAGACAACUGUUCCUGGAAGUAACCAGUUCAACCAGUCUACAGGCCUGCAAAGAGGUGAUGGACAGCUUGAUUAUGCGAAUGGCCGAAUUGAACAAGUUCACCUUCGAAAGUCAGGAGAAGGAGUCUCUAUCUGAUGACGAGGCUGACGUGGCUAGCAACAGCUCUGUUGCUCUGGAUUCCACAGCUGAGCAGAGCUUGGCUAAGGCUGCCACUCCGGAACUGACAGUGAAGCAGGUGCGGGUGGUCGACAUGGACGGAAACCUGAAGGUGGUUUACCCAGCCAAGACAGACUUAAACUUCAGUGUUAAUUGUGUCACCGUCAUCCGAUAACCCCUACCUGUUGAAUAGUACCUCAUCUGGCCCCUACAUUGGGCUCAAAUUAUCCCUGUCACAGAUGAGCAAGCCUAUGAUCUGACCACAAACAAGAAAAUCUGCAGAUGCUGGAAAUCCAAGCAACACACACAAAAUACUGGAGGAACUCAGCAGGCCAGGCAGCAUCUAUGGAAAAGAGUACAGUCGACGUUUCGGGCCGAAACCCUUCAGCAGGAUUCAAAACGUCAUCUGUACUAUUUUUCAUAGAUGCUACCUGGCCUGCUGUGUUCCUUCAGCAUUUUGUGUGACCAGUGAAUGAUCUGACCAAUAUUUGAUCCUCAAUUAACAUUUCUAAAAGGACAAAUAAUUUGCUCAUUUUUGAGUUGUCUCUCCUUUCCUUAGCCCUUCACCUCUACAGGGGCAUAGGCCGCCAACAGCUCUUCACCAGAGUCCUCAGUCCUGGGCCUACAGAAAGUUGGUCGGACCUGUGGCUUCCACUUUCCCCAUACGACUUCUUACAACUUCCAGACAGAGAUCCUUCCUCUCCCAGGGAUGAGGUCUUUGGAGCUUCUGUUGAACUUUCUGUUGCUCUUUAUGGGACAGGGUUGCUAGCCCCAUGCCAAACCCUCCCCCUUUCACAGCCGGGCUUGGGACCACCAUGGUGGAGUGUAUAGUGUUGGUGCGGGCAAUCACAGUUUUAUCUUUGCCGCUGUGUUUAUAUAGCAGAAAUAUCUACUUGUGUAAAGUGCUUUGUGAUGAAAAGAGCAUUGAAAAAUACGACUAUUUUCCUUGUAGUGGGAAACAAGUAAAUGUUGACCUUUC